CAUGGAGGCGGAGCAGAGGCCGGCGGCGGGGGCCGGCGACGGGGCGACCCCUGGGCUGGAGGCAGCGCCUCCCACUGCCCCGGCGCCUGCGACCGUGGCCUCCGGUCCGACCCCCGGGUCGGGACCCGAGCCCAAGAGGAGGCGGCUCAGGACGUUGCUGCAGCCCACGGUCAACAAGUUCUCCCUUCGCGUGUUCGGCAGCCACAAAGCAGUGGAAAUCGAGCAGGAGCGAGUCAAGUCAGCGGGGGCCUGGAUCAUCCACCCCUACAGCGACUUCCGGUUUUACUGGGACCUGAUCAUGCUGCUGCUGAUGGUGGGGAACCUCAUCGUGCUGCCCGUGGGCAUCACGUUCUUCAAGGAGGAGAACUCCCCACCCUGGAUCGUUUUCAACGUCCUUUCUGACACCUUCUUCCUGCUGGACCUGGUGCUCAACUUCCGCACGGGCAUAGUGGUGGAAGAGGGCGCCGAGAUCCUGCUGGCACCGCGGGCCAUCCGCACACGCUACCUGCGCACCUGGUUCCUGGUUGACCUCAUCUCCUCCAUCCCUGUGGAUUACAUCUUCCUGGUGGUGGAGCUGGAGCCGCGACUGGACGCCGAGGUCUACAAGACAGCGCGGGCCCUGCGCAUCGUGCGCUUCACCAAGAUCCUCAGCUUGCUGCGGCUGCUCCGCCUCUCCCGCCUCAUCCGUUACAUCCAUCAGUGGGAGGAGAUCUUUCACAUGACCUAUGACCUGGCCAGCGCAGUGGUUCGCAUCUUCAACCUCAUCGGGAUGAUGCUGCUGCUGUGUCACUGGGACGGCUGCCUGCAGUUCCUGGUCCCCAUGCUGCAGGACUUCCCUCCCGACUGCUGGGUCUCCAUCAACCGCAUGGUGAACCACUCGUGGGGCCGCCAGUAUUCCCACGCCCUGUUCAAGGCCAUGAGCCACAUGCUCUGCAUUGGCUAUGGGCAGCAGGCACCCGUGGGCAUGCCAGACGUCUGGCUCACCAUGCUCAGCAUGAUCGUGGGCGCCACUUGCUACGCCAUGUUCAUCGGCCACGCCACGGCUCUCAUCCAAUCCCUUGACUCCUCCAGGCGCCAGUACCAGGAGAAGUAUAAGCAGGUGGAGCAGUACAUGGCCUUCCACAAGCUGCCGGCAGACACACGGCAGCGCAUCCAUGAGUACUAUGAGCACCGCUACCAAGGCAAGAUGUUCGACGAGGAAAGCAUCCUAGGGGAGCUGAGCGAGCCUCUUCGGGAGGAGAUCAUUAACUUCACCUGCCGGGGCCUGGUGGCCCACAUGCCGCUGUUCACCCACGCCGACCCCAGCUUCGUCACGGCGGUGCUUACCAAACUGCGCUUUGAGGUCUUCCAGCCGGGGGACCUCGUGGUGCGUGAGGGCUCCGUGGGCAGGAAGAUGUACUUCAUCCAGCACGGGCUGCUCAGUGUGCUGGCGCGUGGCGCCCGGGACACCCGCCUCACUGACGGAUCCUACUUUGGGGAGAUCUGCCUGCUGACCCGCGGCCGGCGCACGGCCAGCGUGCGGGCUGACACCUACUGCCGCCUCUACUCGCUCAGCGUGGACCACUUCAACGCUGUGCUGGAGGAGUUCCCCAUGAUGCGCCGGGCCUUCGAGACCGUGGCCGUGGACCGGCUGCGCCGCAUCGGCAAGAAGAAUUCCCUUCUGCAGCGGAAGCGCUCCGAGCCCAGCCCGGGUAGCAGCGGGGGCAUCGUGGAGCAGCACCUGGUGGAACACGACAGGGACAUGGCUCGGGGUGUUCGAGGCCUGGCCCCGGGCACGGGGGCUCGGCUCAGUGGAAAGCCGGUGCUGUGGGAGCCACUGGUGCAUGCGCCCCUGCAGGCAGCCGCUGUGACCUCCAACGUAGCCAUUGCCCUGACCCACCAGCGGGGCCCUCUGCCCCUCUCCCCUGACUCUCCAGCCACCCUCCUGGCCCGCUCUGCUCGCCGCUCAGCAGGCUCCCCAGCCUCCCCCCUUGUGCCUGUCCGAGCUGCCCCUCUGCUGGUCCGGGGGCCAUGGGCAUCCACCUCCCGCCUGCCUGCCCCUCCUGCCCGAACCCUCCAUGCCAGCCUGUCCCGGGCGGGGCGUUCCCAGGUCUCCCUGCUGGGCCCCCCCCCAGGAGGAGGUGGACGGCGGCUAGGACCUCGGGGCCGUCCACUCUCAGCUUCCCAACCCUCUCUGCCUCAGCGGGCAGCCGGGGAUGGCUCUCCUGGCCGGAAGGGCUCAGGAAGUGAGCGCCUGCCCCCCUCAGGGCUGCUGGCCAAGCCUCCAGGGACAGCCCAGCCCCCCAGGCCACCAAUGCCUGAGCCAGCUGCCCCACGGGGUCCCCAGCUCUCUGCCAACAUGUGAAACCCUU